AUGCCGCCUUCGUCCUCUCGCCACCUUGCACACGGCGCAGCAACCCUUGCUCGAGCCCCGACCGGCGCACAGAGCUCCACGCCGUCGCACUCGGUCCAUCCACACCUCAUCCGCCGCAUCCACCACCGCGCCGCCGCAUCGUCUUGUCCCGCCGCACCGCCUCCUCGACGCUCGUCGUCGUCCUCGAGCAGGAGGGACGCCCACGCCCUCGCCUCGCGCGUCAAGUUCGACUCGCACCCGCCGCCACCACCACCGCCUCAUCCGUCGACAAGUGCUCGCCGUUCGCCCGUGUCCAAGGCCGACCCGCACCCGUCGGCCGCCGGCGACUGGCAGGCCCACCUCGAGGCGUCCCUACCCGCCGACCGCGUCAACGCCCGCCACCCAAAGUGGGACGAGCGCGGCUCCGAGACGUACGACGCCGAGCCCGUCCUCCCGCUCGACGUCGACGGCCGGUACCGCGCCGCCGCCGAGGGCGACUCGAUCCGCGCCGACCGCGCGCACGAGUGGGACGCCGAGGACGAGUGGCUUGACGUCCUUCGCCGCGAGGCUGAGCUCGAGGCGCAGCGCGACGAGGUGCGCCAAGUGCGCACGGCAAGGGCGUCGUCGGCCGUCAAGGUGGACCAGCUCCCGCCCGAUGUUCCACCUGCACCGCCGCCGUCGUCGCCGCGAGCCGUCGUCGAGUCGGUGCCGCUCGCCACCACCGAGGCUCGAGCGCCGGCGACGAACCCGUUCGCCGUCACCCGCACGACGACGCCCCGUCGCCGCCCGGCGCCGCUCCGCUUCGAGCCCGUCGAGCGCACCGACCCCUCCCUCAUCGCGCCCUACCUCCCUCCUCCCCUCUCCUCGACCUCUCUCGACCCGUUCCCCUCCCCUGCGUCAGAUCCCCUCGUCACCCGCCACGACUGGCGCCUGUCGUCCCCCUUGCGGCGGUACCUGCGCCGCAGCCCGCCGCCGCUCUUCAGCCGCACCGAGACCGACACCGUCUCGCUCGGCCACAACCGCCUCGUCGGCGUCGGCGUCGACGCGGCGCGCAUCGCCAAGUACGCGCAGGUGAGGACAGAGGAGCAGUGGGGGUGGAAGGUGCGCGUGCCCGAGGCGGAGCGAGGAGGGUGGCCCGACGCCGAGGUGUACCGCAAGCGCCUCGACCGCCUCCUCGACCUCUCCAAGGCGGCCGACGAGCAGCUGUACCUCGCGUCGCUCGCGCGCCAGGGCACGCCCAAGGAGCGCGAGCCCAAGGGCGUCACGCUCAUGCGCGCGCUCGGGACGUGGCUCACCGACCCGAGCCGCGCCGACGAGAUGACGAGGCUCGACGCGCGCGAGAAGGAGGAGCGGCGCAAGGCGGGCUCGGGAACGACAGCGGCGGCGGCGGCGGGCACGGCGGGAGCGAGUGUGGGAGCCGCGAGCGCUGGGGCAGGGCAGCGCGCUGUCGCGUGCUUUGAGGCCGAGGACGGGCGCGAGUUGACCGAGGACAAGGGUUGGAAGUUCAGCACCGGCACGAUUGUCCGCCUCACGCUCGCCUCGGAGCAGGACCAAGGGCUCGCUCGGUCCGGCUCGACCGGGCCGCAACCGCCGCCAGCCGCGUCGACGCCGCCGCCGGGCAGCGCCAACAAGUGGUUCGUCCAGGGCACGGUGCUCAACGUACGCGACGGCAACCUCAUCGUCGCGUUCGACGAGGUCGAUCUGUGGCCCUUGGGCGACGAGGCGUACCAGAUCGACAUCGGCCUCGACACGAGCUCAUACGCCCUCCAGACGGCCGCCAUCGACAACCUGUUCCUCGACCCGUCCCGCCAGCGCGCGCACAACGCAACCCAGGUCGCCGCCGUCCAGCACGCCUUCACUCGCAGCGGCAUCGUCCCGAGCCUGCGCGAGUGGGCGCUCCAGGGCACCGAGCUGCGCGAGCACAUCGUCCCGUCGUCGCAGCCGCAGCCGCAGCCGCAGCCGUCGCGUGACCUCAAGGUCGACCCGCUCAAGAGCGACGUCCUGCGGCAGAACCAGCUCAUCAACUCGUGGAUCGAGCGGUACCGGCGCGACGACCCGAUCGAGCUGCCGGGCGACCCGGACCUCGGGCUCAACGCGAGCCAGACCAAGGCGAUCGCCAUGGCGCUCGGCGACAAGCUCAGCCUCAUCCAGGGUCCGCCGGGCACGGGCAAGUCGCAGACGAUCGUGUCGCUCAUCGCCCUCCUCAAGCUCCACUUCCGCAUCCCGUCGCCGAUCCUGCUCGCCGCGCCGACCCACGUCUCGGUCGACCACCUCGUCCUCCUCCUCGUGCGCGCCGGGCUCAACCCGCUGCGCUGCGGCAAGGCGGCCAAGGUCUCGAACGAGGUGCACAAGUGGACGAUCGAGAAGCGCCAGGAGCAGCACCCGCUGUGGGACCGGCUCGAGAAGGCGCGAGAGGAGUGCGAGGCGCUCCGGACCGAGCUGCAGGACAUGCGGGACGCGAGGAGGGACGUGGGCGGCGACGGUGGCGGCAAGGAGGCCGACGACAAGGACUCCGAGGUCGAGGGCAAGUACCGCAAGGCGUGGCGCAAGUUCAUCAUGCUCGAGCACAAGCUCUACUCGAGCCUGCUCGCGACGGCCGACGUCUUCUGCGCGACCGCUCUCGGGUCGGGAGCGAGCAAGGUCCUCAACAUGGUCGACUUCCCGAUCGUCCUUCUCGACGAGGCGGCCAUGUGCACCGAGCCCGUCUCGCUCAUUCCGCUCAUGAAAGGCGCCCGCCAAGCGACCCUCAUUGGCGACCACAAACAGCUACCGGCGGUCGUCACUUCGCAAGACGCCAAGAACGAGCGCCUGCACCUGAGCCUGUUCGAGCGCCUCCUCACGUCGAAAACGGUCAACUCGACGCUCCUCGACACGCAGUACCGCAUGCGCCCCUCGAUCUCGUCCUUCCCGAACCAGUCGUUCUACAACGGCGCCCUCCUCGACGCCGAGUCGGUCUCGAGUCGUCCGGCGCCGCUCAACUCGGUCUACUUUGGCGCACCUUCGGCGACGUCGGCCAUGCUCUCGGCGCCGCACACGCCGCCGCCGGCGUCGAGAGCCGACGGCCACCACGAGCCGGUCGCGUUCGUCUCGCACACGGGCCCCGAGACGGUCCACCGCCAGUCGCUCCUCAACCGCACCGAGUCCAACAUCCUCAUCUCGAUCGUCGGCGACCUCCUGCGGCGCAACCCGACCCUGCGCGCGACCGACAUCGGCAUCAUCUCGCCGUAUUACGCCCAGACGCGCCUGCUCGUCAACACGUUCGAGAGCGGGUACGCCGCGUCUCGGCUGCGCACCCUGCUCGGCGCACAGCGUGCGGCCGAGGCGGGCGAGGUCGAGGUCAACACGGUCGACGGGUUCCAGGGUCGCGAGAAGCGCGUCGUCCUCCUGUCGACGGUCCGGUGCAACCUCGGCGGCUACAUCGGCUUCCUGACCGACCGCCGACGCCUCAACGUCGCCCUCACACGCGCCAAGGACGCCCUCAUCGUCGUCGGCAACGAGCGCACGCUGCGCAAGGCGGCCGGCCUCGCUCGUCCACGCGACCUCGACCUCGGGCGCGACAACUUUGGGGACGACGACGAGUUUGACCUCGCCCCGAGCGUUCGUGCGCCGGCGCAGAAGGGCGAUCCGGAUGCGGAUGCGGGCGUGUGGACGCGGUUCCUCGACUGGUGCGCGCGGCGAGGGCUUGUCAGGCAGUGGGAGGAGGAGGAGCCGGCGCCGGCCUCGACGGCACGGCGCGCGUAAAGUCUGCCUGUGUAGAUGCGAGUUGUGAUUGCAGCAGGUCUGCUGAG